UUCAGCCCAGCUUAUAUAAAGCUCAAAAGGUUUUACAUCUACUUUAACCCUUUGACUUUGUGGGGCUCCCAUCAUAAAACACACUUUGACACCAGACUGACCAAGUGUGUCUGUACUAGGACCUCAUGUGACACCGAAGUUUGUAUGAAUUUAAGACGGGAGAGAAGCCUGGCUUCUGGUAAGAUGGGCUUUCCCUGCCAUCGGCCGGACCAGGUCCCUGUGCUUCUGUGGCUGCUGCUGCUGAUCCUGGCUCCCGGACGAGAGCAAUCAGGAACACUUCCAAAAGCUUUUCUUCUCCUUGAACCUCCAUGGUCCAGAACCUUCAAGGGAGAAAUAGUGAAUCUCACCUGCAAGGAUGACCAUUCUUGGGCCCAGGGAUAUGUAUCUUGGUAUUACAAUAAAAUUUCCUUGGGAAGUAGACCUGGAACAAUCCAAAUAGACAAGUCUGGAUAUUACUCAUGCAAGACCCCAAGAUCUUCCUUCAGUGACCCUGUGCGUGUGGAAUUUUUAUCUGACUGGCUGAUCCUCCAGGCCUCACACCCUGUCUUUGAAGGAGAUGAUGUAACUCUGAGAUGCCUGGCGAAGAAAGAAAAAAAAACUUAUGAAAAGACUUUCUACAAAAAUAAAAAAAAAAUGAGACAUCAUUCUCAGUCAGAGGUCACAAUACAUUCAGUCUCUAGGGACAAUAACGAAUAUCAUUGUACUGUUUCUAGUGAAUAUUUUUGGAGCCCAUGGAAAGAAACUUCAAAAGCUUUAAAGAUCCAAGUUCAAGAGCUGUUUCCACAACCUGUGUUGAGAGCCAGACCUUCCCAGCCCAUUGAGGGAAACCCAGUGAACCUGAAAUGUGAGACCUGGCUCCCUCCACCAAGGUCAUACAUUUGGCUUCGGUUCUGUUUCUUCAGAGAAGAUAAGGUCCUGGAACCUGGUUGGAGCAACUCCUCAGAGCUCCAGAUCCCCACCAUGUGGAGUGAAGACUCAGGGUCCUACUGGUGCCAGGCAAAGACAGCGACUUCCAGUAUCAUUAAAGAAAGCCUGCGAUCCCAGAUACAUGUACAGAGGAUCCCUGUGUCUGAUGUGAAUCUAGAGAUCCAGCCCCCUGGGGACCAGCUGAUUGAAGGAGGAGAUAUGGUCCUUAUCUGCUCAGUAGCCAAGGGUACAGGGACUAUCGCAUUUUCCUGGCACCGGGAGGGCACAGAGAGAAGUUUGGGCAGGAAGAUGGUGCGUGCCCUGUCAGCAGAGUUGCGGAUAGCUGCAGUGAGGGAGCAGGACGCUGGGAGGUACUACUGCUCAGCCGACAAUAUUCAAGGCCCCAUCCUCAGUAAACGGAUCAGAGUCACACCAAAAAUUCCAGCGUCCCACCCCAUCCUCACUGUCAAGACACCCAGAGCCCUGGCCGUGGUGGGGGACAUGGUGGAGCUUCGCUGUGAGGCCCAGAGGGGCUCUCCCCCGAUCCUGUACCGGUAUUACCAUGAGGACGUCAUCCUGGGGACCAAUUCGGCCCCCUCUGGAGGAGGAGCCUCCUUCAACCUCUCUCUGACAGCAGAACAUUCUGGAAACUAUGCCUGUGAAGCUGACAACAGCCUGAGGGCCCAGCGCAGUGAGGCAGUGAUGCUCAGUGUCACAGUUCCAGUGUCUCGCCCUGUCCUCACCUUCAACCCUGCCAGGCCCCAGGUUGUGGUGGGAGAUUUGUUAGAACUUCGCUGUGAGGUCCAGAGAGGCUCUCCCCCGAUCUUAUACUGGUUUUAUCAUGAAGAUGUCAUCCUGGGGAACACAUCGGCUCCCUCUGGAGGAGGAGCAUCUUUUAAUCUCUCUCUGACCACAGAACAUUCUGGAAACUACUCCUGUGGGGCUGACAAUGGCCUGGGGGUCCAGAGAAGUUACAUGGUGACACUCAACUUCACAGGUCAAAAAAACUUGCCACCAGAACUCAAAUACAGGUCUUCCCAUUUAGGGCUUUCCACAAGCAAAGUAAUCCAUAUCACUGUGGGCUUCAUUGGGUGCCUGCUAAGUGUGUCCGGCCUUGCUGCUACUGCUUAUUUGGUGAGGUACUUCAGGACCCAAAGGAAAUCAGGAAGACUUCCUGCCACUGGAACACCCAGUAUUGACUGCAGAAGGAAACAGAAGUGCGGGUUAAAAAACACUCUUUUCCUAGAGAUCUGUCAAGGAUUCUUACAGGAAAGUUACAGUCCCAAGGAGCAUCAGGAGCCUUCCUGGUCUGGACCCUGCUCCACAGACCCCCACACGCCCCCCCACUCUGAGCCACCAGCCGUGAUGGAGCCGCAGCCAGUGUACAGCAAUGUGAAUCCUGGAGAUGACAACCUGGUGUAUUCCCAGAUCUGGAGCAGCCAGCAAACAAAGGGGAAUCCAGACACGGUUUCCAGCACGAUCCCUCUGAGAGGCCCUGCCUAUCACACCCAGGCUUGGAUUCACGGCCUUGCACGUUCACCAAGGACACAUCGGAGGAAUGAGGAACCUGCAGUCAUCUAUUCGGAGCUGAAGAAGGCACAACCAGAAGACACUGCAGGGCAGGCCCAUGAAGAUCCUGCAGAAAACUAUGAGAAUCUCCCAUGUGCACCAUCAGCUCUGGACCACUAGCCCCCUACCCAGAGGGGCCCUCGAAGACCCUGGGAGCAUCUGAUACCUCCCCCUGUUCUCCACAAGCUCGCUUCUCCUUCCAUCCAGCAGACUGGGUGAAGGUCCCUGUCCCCCGCCCCCCGCGCCUGAGUCUGCGUGUUCUCUGGGAACAGAAUGGGCAGCAUUUCGGUAAACACCGCAUUUCUACACAGUAGAGACACAUGAAAGCGGGCAGGUGGGCCUUCCCCUCCCAUGCCCAUGGAACAAGGAGGAAGGGCGAGUGGUCUAGCCAGGAUCACAAGAGUGCUAUCACUACCAUGUGCUCCGAGUGCCGAAAGCUUUGACCGCGUCGUUUCUGCACGAACAAUUGAAACACUUUGUUUCCUCUUCUAGAUGGACAGGUGGUAAGUGACUGGUGAUGAUGAUACUAAUGAAGAGGAUGACUACAGAUACAGGACACACACCAAUCUGCUCAGAAUUGGGGGCCAUCACCAGUCUUCCUCUCCCCCAGAUCAAACUCUCCCAUACCUGGGGCAGUCAAGCUCCACGGUUUGGUUGUUCAGCACCCACUAUUUGGAGGCUCCAGGGAUCAGCACCAACCCUGGAGGCCCAGGAGAGCCGGUGACUCUCAGGACUCAGAUGGCAAAGCCUCAUGUCUCUGGGAGCCCACGUGGCCUGAGCCAGCAGAGGAGGGAGCAACGCAGGCAGUCAGUGGGCCUACGGGACAGACCCCUCCCAUUGCCCACCGAUUCCCAAAUAAUUCAAGAGCUAAGCGUCCACCACGGGAGAAAGCAUUUAAAAAGCAGGCCAUCUGUUCCUAGGUCUCCAGAAAAGCGGCAGAGUUGCUUGGAGUGGCUUUUAUUUACGUGAAUAAGGGAUUUGUCACCUGGGGUGAGACUGAACUUUCGAUCGCUGUAAAAACGAUAGGCCGUCGCCAGCUGGUGCGUUCACUGAGGACUGGUGUGCUUCGGCUGAUACACGCCAUGGACAACGUUGAUUUUACACCUACCUGCCCUGUUUAGGACUUCAAGUAAAUAACACAGCAAAGGCUUUGCAAACCUUUGGAAUAGCAAGAUAAAAAGAACAAAGUGUGUUUCAAAGAUUAUUCCUUUCCCUGUGGAUGUCAGAAUCCUGGGUAAGGGGAAGUGCAACAUACAGCAAAGCUUAAUCCAAUUUGAGGUGUUAAUCUUAGCCUCAUGAGCUUGGCUGGCAAGCUAAUUGGCUGAGGGGGUGGGGGAGUGUUGUCCUUCCUAAAGAGGGAAUAUGUAUUUUUGUUAUGAAAGAGUGACUUCUAUGUCUUGUUUCCAUAUUAACAGGUACAAAAUGUUCUCCAGAAUGUACACCUGGCCUUUAGAGACAGCAAAAAAUCCAGGUGUAAUCUGUGUUUAUGCUUAAAUUUGGCCCCAAAUGCCUCCCAACUUUGGGUUCCAGGAAGAAUAGAGCCAUAUAGGGGGGAGAGGGACAUGCCACAAGGUCCCAGCUGUGGGAAACCCAUCUAAAAGAGUGGUGACAAAAGGCAAAGUCCCCAAGGGAGAGAAGCAGCAUCAAGGCAGCAUCCCAGGGCCAGUAAGAGUCAUUCUGCAGGAGGGCAUGUCAGACACCAGGAUGGCAGCCUCUCACGUGGGCAAGGUCCAUGAUGCCAGUGAAAGAUGGGGACAGCAAGGGGCUCUCUGGUGCUCAGAACAGUUCUGAUGGGGUGCAGACGCUCUUCCCAGAACUCUGUAUCCACGUCCUCAAACAGGGCAAACAGCACCCGUCAGCAGCAAAGGAGAGGCUAAGGAAGAAUUGGGAAAAGAUCCAAGAGGACGUCAUGUUUCCAGCUGGUCAGGAAGGUAACAUUUAAGACCUCAAGAUUUAAGACAUGACUAUAAUUUCUUUCUUUACAUUAUAUUUAUUUAUAUAUUUACAAAUGUCUGGAAGGACAAUUUAAACACAAUAAAUCACAUAUAUCUGAAGUAUACCAUUUCAUGUUUUGGCAGAUAAGAAACCAAAAAAAUAAGAAACCACCACAAUCAAGAUCCCAAACAUCUCCUUCAUUCCCAGUGUUCUCCUGUCCUGAGGAACACAUUUUUCCCUCCACACCAUCUCCUGCCAUCACCAGAUAUUUUCUGUCACUAUAGAUUAGGGUGUAUUUUCUAAAGUUUUAUGUAAAUAGCACCAUCCAGCAUAUACUCUUUUGUGCCUGGCGCCACUCACUAAGCAGAAGAAUUUGAGACUCAUUCACAUUGUUUCAAAUAGCCACAACAUAGUCCUUUCCAUUGCUAAAUAAUAUUCCAUUGGAUGUGCUACAUUUUUAUUAUCCAUCCAUCUGUAAAUGGAUAUUUACAUUGUUUCAUUUAUC